CGCGCUGCACGUUUUACAAAUUCGCCAUUCCGCUCUCCGUUUUCAAUCGUAUCGUUCCCCAAGUUACCAGUCAGACGUCUGUAGACUGUAGUCACCUUGUCAAUUUGUAACAACCACAGCACGCGUUAGUGCGUACAUCAGUCUCUUGCCAUUUAAAUAAUAUAAUAUAAUUAUUACUGUUGUUAAUUAAAAUAAUAAUAUCAAAUAACGCGUAUAAAUUAACACGUUUAACUUAGUCAAAGGCUAGUAUCUAAAUAAAUCUUUCCAGUGACGGGGUUUCCCAAGUAUUUCAUAAAAAAAUCAAAUUUCGCGUGUUUAAAAUAAAAGUCUGUUAUGCCAAAUGACUUUCUACUGAAAUUCAAUCGUGAAUGAAAUCGCAAUUAAAACGUUUCGUUCAAUUUUAUAUUAAAAACAUAAGAAAAUGACCAUACAAAAUGUCGAAGAUCCAUCUAUGCCGCCUACUGAUCUAUGCAAUUUGUUUCUCUACGAAAGUCAGACGGCAAACAACAGGAAUUCAAAUAACAUUUCAAUACCUCGAACUAGCUCGUGGACAAAGUCAUGGGUACAUCGGAAUAACCAUUCUAAAUUCAACAUUAGAGCCACCAACACGUGCAAGACACCUAUCAACAAGUCUGACGUCAGGAAAUUGCUUGAAUGCAGCUUCAAAAACGAGGCGGUAACGGAUGACCACUUAGACGUGCUACAAAAACGACAAGCCCUGUUGUUGAUCACCAUGCAGACCAUGACGCUGUCACACCACAAUAAAGUUUUGCAGAACAAACUCGAUGAAUUGCAAAAAAGAGUGUUGAUGUUAGGAGCUAAUCCAAAGAAGACGGCCGAAGAAUCGGAUUUAAAUUGAAAACAUAUUUUCAUAAGCGUACAACGAAAUAACCUCUACUAAUUUAUAAAACAAAUUACUAAUAUUUAUGAUACUUAUUAUUCUCUCAUUAUUACUGUUUGUAUUGAAUGUAUAAUUUGCGAUUCCGCUCCGACGAUAAUCGAAACAACGAACAAAUUACCACAAUAAUAAUGACAAUUAAAGACGAAUAAUCAACUCUGAUCAUUCAUCAUAAUGUAUGUGAUAACACGUUCAGCGAAUAAUCGCAACGGCAAGCUAGGGAGAAAUUAGACCAAAUAAUAUAUACCAAUGAGCAUUUAUUAAUUAUUAGUUAAGCAUUAUAUUAUAUUAUUAGCUAAUAUAAUUUGUAGGAAUACGGUUGUGAACAGAACUCCAAAGGAUAAUAAGGCAAUAAUACGGAUGAGAACGGCUGUUUUAUUUUUAUUUUUUUUUGCCAUAUAAUUAUAUUUAUUAAAAAUUAUAUUAUAAUAACAAAUUAUUAUAUGUAUAAUUAAUAUUUUGUAAAAAUUCUACACAUUUAUAUUUGUACUGUUGCAACGUCUUAAGUCCUUAAAAUGUCUGUAGGAAAUUCUAAUGUAUAGCUAUGUAUUAAUUUUUUUACAUACUUUUAAUAUAAUAUUUCUAGAAAAUUUGUACUUUUAUUAUAAGUACGACAAAUUAAAACCAAGUAUCAAUGGUAUUAUUUAACACUAACUUCCAGCAAUUGCUGUCAAACAAUUGCCGAGUUAAGUCUUAGAUUAAAAUUAUAUGUAUAAAUAUUUUUUUUUUGUCACUAAUUAUAGAAAUUAUGGCGCGUUUUCAUUGUAUCGCCGAAUAUGUGAUAGGGGGGAUUUAGUUUAAUGUUAAUGAUCGAAAACCUGUACUUAGUUACAGAAUUCCUUGAAGUAAAUAUUUUAAUUUGUUUGUAUACAUUAAACAUAACAUAAUGUAAAGCUUAAAUACUGCUCAUGUUAAGCCUUCAAAUACCUAAAUUAUUAAUAAGUUUAAAUAAUAUUAUACUAAUAAUAAAAUAAUAUGUCUUUGAAAAUGAAAUUAUGUAGAGUAUAUUGUCCUACAUUUGUUUUAUAUUAUUUAAAUUAAUAAAAAUUGAUGUGGUAGGAAUAUAUAAAUUCAUAGACAAUCUAUAUAUGUAAAUCACAAAAAAAUGACACCACAUAAAUUAUAGCUUUCGUGAUUGCUUGGAUUAUGUCAUGGACAAUCAUGAUUCAUGUCAAUGCUUAACUCGCAUAUCACCUUAUCUCUAGAUAAUACUUAUUUUUCUAAGAAACAUAUUGCACUAAAAUGCAAGGAAGGUGUGAAACUUAUAAUUUCCUGAAUAUGUAUGUCUACCUCAUGUUCUACAUAAUAUUUUAAUUGUAAUUUAUUUUUAAGUAGACCUCCAUACAUUGAUGUUAAACGCCUAUUCUUAACAACUUUAUUAAAAUAAUUGUUUUUAUUUUAUUAAUUUAAUUAUAUUAAAAAUUGUUACUUAAAGUGCUAUUUCUUUAUUAUAAUUGGAAAUGGGAUUUGCUAAUUGCUGACUAGUAUUAUAAGUAUUGAAUGCUAAAUUUAAGGAUUAAUAAUAUAUUAUGUAUAGAU